AUGAGUGACUGUUUCGAUGUCAUCAUCGCCGGUGCAGGCCCAGUAGGGCUCUUCCUAGCCUGCGAAUUAGCCAUGGCCAACGUCUCGGUCCUGAUCCUGGAAAAAGAGGUGACAUGUGUGUCACCGUGGAAAGAAGGACACUUUGGUCGCCGCGGACUCUUCACACAUGCCGUCGAGGCUUUCCACCGCCGUGGGCUGCUAGAAAAGAUCCUGAAUGGUGGCCCGCGCUUUUCGCAUUUCGGGAAGACAACGGGCUUCAAGUUCGGGGGCCAUUUUGCCGGCAUGAAUCUCAAUGCCAACAAUAUCGAUUUCCAACGCUGGCAAUACCGUUUGCCAGGGCCGUCGUUCAUGCCGGGGGUCUCUUCUCUAGGCCAGAUCGAGGCUGUGUUGACUGAACGUGCGCAGACGAUGGGGGUGCAGAUCCGCAGAGACAUGGCUGUCUCUCAGGUCCAUGACAGUGGAGAGAAUGUAAGAGUCUGGGCAGGGGACCAGUGUUUCGAGGCCCAGUGGCUGGUGGGAUGCGACGGAGGCCGCAGCACAGUACGCAACAUCGCAGGCUUCAAGUUUGAAGGCACCGAGGCCGAGUUCAUAGGCUACACCGCUAAGUGCGAGCUGGACAAGCCAGAGCUACUCGGCCAGGGGUUCUGCCGCACGAAAACAGGCUUGUAUAUCGUGACCGGGCCGGGACACCUGCACGUCAUGGAUUUCGACACCAGCUUCGACCGUUUGCAGCCCAUCACUCGCGAGCACUUCCAAGACGUGCUGCGCCGAGUCUCGGGCACAGAUAUCGGCGUUAACACUCUUCAUCUAGCGUCCUCGUUUACGGACCGCUCGAAACAAGUCACCGAGUAUCGCCGAGGCCGGGUUCUUUUGGCCGGCGAUAGCGCGCAUAUCAACUCUCCGCUGGGGGCGCAGGGACUCAACACUGGGAUUGCCGAUGCCAUUAAUGUCGGCUGGAAACUUGCGGCAACUGUCAAGAACACCGCACCCCCGGGUCUGCUUGAUACCUACCAUGAUGAACGCUAUCCCAAUGCCGCAUGGGUGCUUGAAUGGACCCGUGCUCAGGUUGUCACUUUACGCCCGGAUGCUUAUGGCAAGGCCGUCGCCAACAUUGUGCAAAGCUUGAUCAGCACCGAGGAUGGAGCUAGCUACUUUGCUGACCGCAUGUGGGGGAUUUCGAUGCGCUACGACCUGGGCAAUGCCCACCCGCUAGUUGGAUGUAGUGCCCCCGACUUUGAAUUCGAUGACGGACUACGACUGGCAAACAGAUUGGAGCAAGGGGGUUUUGUGUUGGUUGAUUUUCAGAAUAGUCCGUCUGCUGCGGACUUUGUUCAGUCCUUGGGGCCUAUGGUCCACUACUCUGGAUCUCACGCAAAGCAGACCUUGGGGCUGAAGGCAUUGUUGGUGCGCCCCGAUGGUAUUGUUGUAUGGGCGUCGACGGAGGAGAUGAACCUGGACGCAGUGAAAACGGCCUUGUCGCGUUGGGUGAACCUCGAAGUAUGA